GCUCAGGAGUGAGACCUCUAUCUAAUCGUACCAGUUGGUACCAAUGAGAUAAUAAUUAUUAUCAACAUAAUAAUUAUGAUGCCGGUUGCAAGACAGAUAACAGGGUUAGUCUACGAAAGUGUCGGCUUUUGAUAAGUAAUCAAGAAGGUCGCCAUAUAAUUUUCAAAUUCUACUUCGUGUUUCCGAGUGUAAAGUCCUAGCUUUCCCUAGCUGAGGCCCUGGUGGUUGUGAGAAUCACGCUCGAGCAGCCGAUGGCUUGGCGGAGGAAACAGUCAGCUGAAACUCAAGAAUAAUGGAAUAUCAGGUAAUUGAAAAGAACCAAACCAAUCAAGACUUAUGACACACAAGACUCAUCCUAUACAGUAUUAUACAACAAGGGCAUAGAAGUCUAAAUGAGUUUUUCCAUUUAGGGGGGGUUUUUUUGCAUGGCAAUAUUUAACUUAAUAAUUGGAUCAAGAAGAUUAUUUUAUACACCCAAGUUUGAGGUGCCAUCAGAAUGAAGUUCUUAGGAUGUAUUGGUAACAAUCUGACCAGUGUCUUUAACAACUAUGGCAAGUUUAUUUCCAGACAUCCAUACAAAUUUCUGCUGUUUCCUCUCAUUUUAUCCUGUGUUUUAUCCAUUGGAUUCUUCUAUCUUGAAAUGGAAAAGGAUGCUGAAUAUCUCUUUACACCAUCUGAUAGUAUCGCACGAGACGAUAAAACAGAGAUUUCUAAACUAUUCCCAAUAAAUUAUACAGAAUUUAAAGAAGGGCGACUGCUAAGUACCAGUGAGUCCAGCGGCACGGUCAUGGUCCUACCACAAGAUAGCGUGAAUCUUCUCUCGGUAGAAGCUAUUGAUGAAAUUAUUCGUCUUGAUCGUAAAGUUAAAAGUAUUAUCAUUUAUAGGGACAAGGAAGUUUUGCAGUACAAUGAUCUAUGUGCUAAGUGGAAGGGUAAAUGUGCAGAGAACAAUUUUCUCAAUGCGCUUAAUUACAAUGCUAGUAACAUUCUCAACAUGCAACUGACAUAUCCAUUUCUACGGAGCGGAAGUCAGGCCUUCUUCAUCGGUGCUACUUUUACUGAAGUUGAUUAUGUUAACAUGAGUGAUGUCUUUCAGUCUGCAUUUGCUUUCAGAACAACCUACUACUUAAGCUCUACUCCAGAAGUAAAAGACCUUUCUAUAGAUUGGGAGUACGCCUUCCUCGAUGCUAUGGAGGACUUUGAAUCUCCUCACAUCAAGAUUGUUUACCUUACUUCAAAUACACUUUCAGACGAGCUUGUAGAGUUGAGUGAACGUGUAAUGCCUCGGUUUUCUAUAACAUUUGGUGUGCUGUUCAUGUUUGCUGUUGGCUCUUGUAUGAUGAGUGAUUGGGUUCUAAGUAAGCCAUGGCUUGGUCAGUUAGGAAUCAUCUCUGCAGCCCUUGCAAUUAUGUCUACCGGCGGGAUCAUGGGAUUUGCUCAGGUUCCUUUUAACCAGAUAGUGUCAGUUACGCCUUUUCUAGCAAUAGGUAUUGGUUUGGAUGAUAUGUUCAUUAUGCUGGCUGCUUGGAGGCAGACAAACCCAAAGCUGUCUGUCGAAGAACGAAUGGGGCUAGCUUACUCGGAAGCUGCGGUUUCAAUAACCAUAACAAGCUUAACAGACAUUCUUGCUUUUAGUAUUGGAGCCUAUAAUCCACUCCCUGCAAUCCAAAUAUUUUGCCUGUACACGGGUGUAGCUAUCGCCUUUGACUAUAUUUACCAAAUCACAUUUUUCGGGGCGUGCAUGGUUCUGAUUGGUCGUCGUGAGGCAGCAAAUAGACACUGCUACACAUGUAAAAAGGUACUACCGAAAAAAGAAGCUAAAUCCAGAUUGUAUAAGAUUUUUUGCGCUGGAGGAUUUACAGAGUCCGACACAAUAAGCAAGAAUGAGAAUGAGCCUUGGCUAAUGCAGUUCUUUAAGAAUUAUUAUGGACCAUUCAUUAUGAAACCGGCGGUGAAGAUUUUGGUACUGAUUGCAUUUGCGGUGUACAUUGGUUUAGCAGUAUGGGGUUGCACACAGUUACGUGAAGGCCUCGAGUUGAAGAAAUUAGCAGCUGAUGACUCAUACGCUUUUGAGGCUUUUACUCUUGAGGAUGAGCACUUUAAUGAAUUUGGUCCACCGGUGCAAAUUGUGUUCACAAACAAGCUUAAUUAUUGGGAAUCUGAAGUGCAAGAUCAGUUGGAGAAGAUCAUACAGAGCUUUGAGAAAUCAAAGUACAUACACAGUUCAAACUUUACUACCUCUUGGCUACAUUCCUAUCAGCUGUUCUUAUUGGAAAACAACAUCAAUAUCAACAGUUUAAACCAGACAACGUUUUUCAAGAUCCUACGUGAACAUUUCUUACAAGUACCUCAUUUUCAAGAGUUUUCUCUCGAUAUUAAUUUCAAUUCAGAUGCAGAUGACCCCCAAAUUACAUCAUCCCGCUUCAUUGUCAUUUCAAAGAACUUGUAUACAUCAGUUGAUGAAGCCACCUUCUUGAGUGAAAUUCGCAACACCGGACGUCAAUCACCAAUUCCUCUACGUGCAUUUGGUCCAACAUUUGUCUACACUGAACAGUUUAUCAUAAUUGUACCAACAACACUACAGAAUUUAAUCAUUGCUACCAUCUGUAUGUUUUUUGUGGCACUGGUGCUGAUACCGCAUCCAAUCUGUGCUGUGUGUGUCACAAUUUCCAUCGCAUCAAUUGAAGCUGGGGUUAUAGGAUUCAUGACAUUUUGGGGGGUGAACCUCGAUGGUACAUCGAUGAUCAACGUUAUUUUGUGUAUUGGCUUUAGCGUGGAUUUCACAGCACAUGUUACGUAUGCAUAUGUCAUUGCUACUGAUGAAGAUCCAAACAAACGUGCAAUAUCUGCGUUACAUUCCUUAGGUAUGCCAAUUGUGCAGGGUGGUUUUUCUACAAUUCUAGGCAUGUUUGCGCUCUGUUCGGCUCCCGCCUAUAUCUUCAGAAGCUUCUUCAAAGUCAUGUUCCUUGUGAUGCUGUUUGGUUUAUUUCAUGGGCUUUUACUUCUACCAGUAAUUUUGAGUAUCUGUGGACGAUUUAUGAAACCAAAGCAGCAUCUACCAGCCAGACAACUGAAAGGGAAGACAGAGGAGACAGCAGAUGAAGUAAAAUUUGUUACAAAAUUGGGAGAACCAAUUGUGAGUAUUUCAGGCUCUGUAUUUUUUGGAAUGGUGUCCCAAGAAGAGGUUGAAGAGAAUGGUAACACUAUAACACAAAUGGACAUCAAUGUGCUCAUUAACCAAUGUAAUAAAAUCUGACAAGCUGAAGACAAUGCAAAAUAUUACUUUGUUUUAGAUACUCAAUUUCAUAUUCAGAAUAAGGUGGUUUGGUGUUCUGAGCUCUGUUUUUAAUUAGUUUAAAAUCUGUUGAUAAUUCACAUUGAUUAGCAGUAGUGGCUUUACUAGUACAAGGGAAUACGACCCAACACCCAGGGGUUGCCUAGUUCCCCCUGUGAGAAUCCACAAGUAAAAACUUGAUUGGGAUGAAGGGGAUUGUGGUUCUAGACCACAAUAACCCCCCCCCCCCUUUCAUUGGACAAAUACUGGACACUGCUGGACAUAGUCUGGACUGGAAAUAGUGUGUGAAGGCUCGACCAGCAGUCAGAGGCAUCAUGAAUGUUUUGGGAGAAAAAAUUCUAAAAUAUGUACUGUUGGGCUAUAUAGUAUACAGAUAACAUUUGGUACUGGAGGCUAUCAAGGCAAUUUUCAUUGUCAGAGGCACAAACAUUUUUUUCCAGGCCCUGGACAUAGUUUCUGUUUCCUAUGUGUAGCAGGGUAUGGUGUAAACCUUUACAGCCAGUGACAUAUCUGAAGUAAGCAUGGAGUGCAAGCCUCUCAGAGACUCCCCACAGAAAAUUUUGUUGAGCACUCGACAGUGAUAGUUAAACCACCUCAUAUUUGUUCCCAGAUAUAUUGCCUCCUUGCUCCUAAUCAUACACCCCCACCCCAAUUUUUAUAGCCCUAGGAAUGCCAUGCCUUACUGCUAUUAGGCUGAAAAAUGGUAAUAUUGAUAGUGUGUGAAUUAAUAAAUUUAUAUCAGGUUUAUAAUUUACAAUGCAAUAUCAAAAGUGAUUUUAAUUAAUUGGGAUAAUAAUAACAUUAAGAAUUUGUAUUUAUAAGAUGUGUGUUGUUUGGAUAUCUGUUUUAAAUAUUAGGGAAGUACUCAAUGUUCUGUAUAUUAAUAUUUGGUGGAAAACACAUUUUCUCCCAUCAGGAUCCAUUGAAAACCAAGUUAUAAAGUUGAUAUACACUUAGAUUGUAAUGGCUCUUGUUCUUGAGCUAGUGUAUGAUGGAAUCGAUACAUUGUAUAUGGUCAUUUUUCUUUUGUGGAAAAUUAAUUUCACUUUCAUAUGCUGUACUUUUAUAAUAGGACAUACUGUAGAUAUUUCUAAUGCUCUGAUGGUUGUAUGAAACCACAAUGACAAAAAUACUGAGUUAAACCGGGAGUUAAACACUUUAGGACUAACUAUUGAUAUUUAUUUAUUGAUUUUGUUAAACAUUUAAUCUUUUGCUGGCAGCAUGUCAGCUUCAUCAGCUAAGCUUGCAUCAACCUGUUUGUUCUUAUUGUUGUUUUAUUGUUAAUGUUUACAUAAAUACAGCUGGUUACUAAAUCAUUACAGACACUGAUGUUUAUAGAAAAAUAAUUUGUUAGAUUCACUCUAUUGCAGUGCAUUCAUGUUGGUAGAUUACUAUUCUCCAGUACUAUAAUUGAUAAAUCUGUAAGGUAAGUUGUAAAUUAGAUCUUGUGGAAUUGAUAGUUUUGUAUGUUGUUUAUGUUAAGUAUAUGUGAGCUAGUGCACAAUAACAUUGUAAAAGCACUGUAUAUUAGGACUUCCUAUAUGGAAUUCAACCCCAAUCUGGGUAGCACUAAUGUUUCAUCAAGUCAGUCACUGAAAAAUUGCAAUUACAGUAGAACCUCUCCUUUGGGACACCCCUAUUCAGGGGACACCCCCAUUAAGGGGACACUUUUCCGUAAAAUGAUUGGCAAUAUACUUUUGAUCAUUACAGCCAACCCCUAUUAAGGGGACGUAGACACUUUCUGAGUGUGCAAAAUGGUCAAAUCAAUAAAAUUUAACCCCUAUUAAGGGACUCUUAUUUUGGUUAUUGUAUCAAAACAACUACAGUAGUCUCAAAAUAAAAAAAAUCUUUCAAAUUUGUAUUUUGACAACUUUUGAGCAAUUAACUUAAUUUCAAAAGAAAAUGUUUCUCUCUCAAACUUUAGAAUGUGUUACUUCAUAUAAAUACAAUCUUGACAAUUUUCACCAUUAGCCAUGGGGAGUUCUUGUUUUGUGUAUUUUCACAUAAACGUACUACAUUACAGGCUAAUGUAUACCCAUCCUGACUUCUACUUCAGUCGUUACUCUAUUUAUGCUAUUCUAUCUUGUACAUCAAAUAGAAUGCUCAAUAUUUGAAAAAAAAAAAAAUAUUUGACCAUUAAUAUAACACUUGGAUCAAGAGAUAAAUAAUAUUGGGAACAUAGGCCUAUACAACUUUUGUAGUUUUCAUUACAUAUCAGUUAAUUUCAUAUCAUAAAUUAUUUAUUUUUUGCAUUGCAAAUAUAGGCCUUAAAUAAAAUUAUAAAGAAUCUACUGUAUGUUGUCAUUGUACGAAAUAUGCCAAAAACCCCUAUUAAGGGGACAAUUUCACGUUUUUGGUUAAGUGUCCCCUGAAUAGGGGUGAACACCCCUAUUAAGGGGACAAUUUUUUUUAUCCCAAAGGUGUCCCCCUAAUGGGGUUCUACUGUACGUAUUACCUGCCUUAUUAAUCCAAGUAGGCCUAUAAAUUGUGUGCAUAUACUAAAAUUUAUUUUUAAAACUUGUGCAUAGUUACAUUUAUAUAUUUUGAAUAUACAGUAUAUUAGAAUCAGGUACCAUCAUUGUAUUACACAGUAGUAAAAGUAUAUUUCCAUACCAUUUUAAUUUAACAUAUAAUAUUGAGUAAUGAUUUUACCACUGCAUGUCCUUGGUGGGUUUAGGCUGUGGAAUGCUCAAAAAGAAUUGCAUUUCACUUUAUAAUUAAAUAAAAGUAUGUAGGUAUAUUAUUCUUAUUUAAAAUAAUCAGAAUAUCAAUGUUUGCCGUAAAUAACUGCUUUGUGUUAUUGUCUAAUAAAUAUAUAUUAUUGAUAUAUUUAAA